AUGAAAGCGUUUCUUUUUCCUUCGGCGUUCCUCGCAAUCGUGGCCUCUGCGCUGCCAGAUCCGAAGGGUCAUGAGUUUCGCGCCGCAGGACCCUACGACAGUAGAUCACCGUGCCCAGGCCUCAACGCUCUCGCUAACCACGGCUACCUUCCACGCGAUGGCGCAAACCUCGAUUACGACAUGAUCAAUCAUGCAGCCCAGGGCGCUUAUAAUUUCGAAGACGGAUUUUACAUCGAUGCCGUCAACAUGGUAUUUCAGCUGAAUAUCUCGACCACAAACCAACCCAGCAAAACCUUCCAUCUCCGAGACCUAGCUCGGCAUGAUCAGAUCGAGGUCGAUGGCUCUCUCACUCGAAACGACAUCUUCUUCGGCGAUGACUUGCACUUCGAUGCUACUGUCUUUGAUCCCGUCGCACGCGAUCUUGGACUUGAUAAGAUCAGUCGUAAAGAUAAAUAUGUCACUGUCGAGACAGCAGCCAAAGCAACGAAACAUCGACUCGACCUUGCCAAAUGCGUCAAUCCGGAGUUUAAUGCUUCCGUGCAUCAGCACCAGACCGAAUAUGGCACUACUGCGCUCUAUCUUUUGACUGUAUGGGAUGAACAACAGAAGGCAGCACCAAAGCAUUGGGUUAAAGCAUUACUUGGCGAGGACAGGAUCGCUUACAGAGAAGGAUAUGACAAAGGCAAAUCGGUCAAGACGAAUAAGCAAGUUGGUGCUAUGACUCAAGCUGUUCGAGCAGUGGUUGGGUGGAAGCCGUAG